AUGUCAUCCAGAAGAUCAAGACGAAACCAUAGUACACAGCCAGUAUACGCCACUGAAGAUUUUGAUCUUGGGGAAAAUGAUAUGGAUACAUACAAUCCACCAGCUUCUGUUUCUUCAAAUAAACGUUCAAACAGGAGUAGGAACGGGGACAUCACAGCAGGGGAAACCAACCGUCAAAUGGAAGAAAAAGAAGGAGCAGAAGAAGGAGAAGAGUUUGUUGAUGAAGUAGAAGAGAUUACAAGAUGCAUCUGCGGAGAGGAUGAUUUAAGUGUUCCUAAAAAUCAUCAGGGAGAAUUUAACAACGUUGAUCCUGGGUUCUUUAUUCAAUGUGAGACAUGUUCUGUUUGGCAGCAUGGCUAUUGUGUUGGGAUCAAAGAUGAAGAGAACUCACCGGAAAAAUACUGGUGUGAGCAAUGUAAACCUCAUUUUCAUACCCUGUUUACUGACAAAUUUGGUUAUCGACGGAGUCAGUAUGAUGCCUCAUCAGCAAGUUCCUUCCAUGCCAAAAGAGGCUCAAAAAGAAAACAAGGAAAAGGCCAAGCUAUCAAAUCUGGCGAUGAGCAAACUGCUGACCUUGAUUCUGAGAUUAAGAAUGAAGAUAAUGAUGAGACAUCAGAUGAUGGUAAAAGAAAACACAGGAAAAGAUCAUCUAUCUAUAACUACGAAGAGAUGCUCAAGAAGGCAUUGGAAGAAAGUGCCAAAGAAAGCGGUGUUAACCCUGAAGAUGUCAAUAUUACACCAUCUCAAAUAAAUGAAGGACGAGAACUGCGGAAUAGUAACCAGAGAAAAAGUAAAACUAAAUUAUCAGAAACCUGGAACCAUCAAGCAGAUGAUGUUGAUCCAAAGUUGGAACAGGGUACAGAGGGAGGACAUAAGAAUGACAAUAGCAAAAACUAUAUCAACACCCAAAACCAUAAUCAUAAAGAUAAUGAUGUGAAUGUCACCAACGCCGAAGAAAAACCUAAAAAGGAUAUAAAAAAGACAAACCGAAGGAAAACCCAGGUCGGAUCAGACAUGAACGAGUCAGAAAACUUUAACGAAACAAACACCGAGACUGAUAAUAAUUUUCCAGAUAGAAAAUUAGUGGGUGGUUCAAACACUGUUACCCCUUCGAAGAGAUCUAGCAGAAGGGAAAAAAAGGAGCAGAAGCAGAAUGUUGCUCCUGAAGAUAAGCCUUUUAGAGCAAAUAUACCUAGUGCAAGAACGAACAUGAAUGAAAUGAACAGAAGAAUAUUUUCGAUAGUAGAUUUUGUUUCUACUAUUCAUAUAAAUUUAAGCAACGAAGAAGAGUUCAAGAAAACGCUCUAUGCAAUGGAUGAUUCAACCCAAGUGAAUCCGGAGAUAACCGAGCUAAAGAAUAAGUUGAUAACGUGCUACAAUGAUUCCGUAAUGCAUUUGGACACACUUACUUCAAUGCUAAAUAAAUGGCAAGAAAGAUAUACUUGA